AUGAAAGACGAGAGCAAGGCUCUCUCCUCAGAGCUGUCCAGCCGGACUGUUCGUCCUGCCCACUCUAGCUCUGCCUCUAAUGCUACUCGUCUUGCUGCUCUACUUGAAGGCUCUCACCUUGGACGUGCUGGUUCGGCGAAGUCGAUUUCCAAAACAAGAUUCGGAAUUCGAAGAAGAAGAAGAAGGCCUGGCUUUCGCUACCUCUGUUACCGCUAG